GCCAAGGCUUGCUGCCACCAUGACUUCCGAACCCGAAGACAUUGACGUGGGAAACGCUGUGGUGAAUGGAUUAAUCUCAAGCAGCAAUGGACAAGAGAGAGACCUGGACCCCGCUAAAGUCUGUGCUGGGAAGGGGGCUGUGACUCUACGGGCAUCUCUGACCCAUGAGGAAAAUCCUGUUACUAGCCCAACAUGUCCACCGGUGAUCCAGCAGUCCGAAAGUGACUGGAGGUUAUCACCUAACGUUGACUCCAAUGGGGAUGCACCACCUUCAGCUCUGGCUUCAAAGGGUUAUCGCAGCGUGCGGCCAAGCAUCCCCUCUGAGACCAAACCACAGGAUCCUUGCCCGGUGCUGAACGAAGCCCCCAGGCUCAGUGGCGGCACCGAAGUCGGUGGUUCCUUCACGUCCGGCAGCAGAACACCCUCCGCUUACCCCUCCACCACCACCGUCAACCCCACCAUUGUUCUUCUGCAGCACAACAGAGAGCAACAAAAAAGGCUUAGCAGCCUGGCAGAGCCCAUGUCAGAGGUUCCAGCGGCAGACAAAGUAAACCACAAAGUAAACCACGCACCUGUCCAAGAAAAAGCCAGCCAGGAUAAUUCCCAGAGUAAGAAGCGAGCCAUGGAAGAGCUGAAGAGCUCACAGUACGUGGUUGAUGCCUCAGUGGACGACGUGGGCAUUCCACUACGGAAUACAGACCGAUCAAAGGACUGGUAUAAGACUAUGUUCAAACAGAUCCACCGGCUGACCAAAGAUGAAGAUUCUGAUUCUUAUUUUCCUCGUUACUCCUUCCAUGAAGACACCCGAGUUCCAUCUUUGGUGCCUCGCUCCAAAAGCGAGAAUACCACCAUUGACGCAGAGAAGGUGGUCAAGAGAUCGGCCACUCUGCCGUUGCCAGCGCGUUCCUCAUCUCUGAAAUCCAGUCCCGAGAGGAAUGACUGGGAGCCUCCGGACAAGAAGGUGGACACACGGAAAUACCGUGCAGAACCCAAAAGCAUCUACGAAUACCAGCCAGGAAGGUCCUCCGUUCUGAACAACGAAAAACUGACUCUGGAUAUAAGCACAGAAGAGAUAGAUUUAAAGAAUGAGCCUUGGUAUAAAUUCUUUUCGGAGUUGGAGUUUGGGAAGCCGCCUCCCAAAAAGAUAUGGGAAUAUACUCCUGGAGAUUGCUCUAUCCUUACUAGAGAGGAUAGAAAGACCGAUCUAGAAAAAGACAUCUACCUCUACCAGACUGAGUUAGAGGCAGAUAUAGAAAAGAUGGAGAAGCUUUAUAAAGUACCCAAUAGGAAGCCGCCGAAGAGUACAGCAGACUCGACUCCGCUGGAAACGUUUUCGGACCAUUCACCCCACUCACCGUAUUCCCCCAGCUACCAGUACUACAAGAGAGAGCUGGAAACGAGUCCUGGGGAUUCGGCUGGGCUGGAAAAUGAAAGGCAGAUUUAUAAGAGCGUCUUGGAAGGAGGAGACAUUCCCCUGCAGGGGCUGAGCAGUCUCAAGCGCCCCUCCAGUUCAGCUUCCACGAAAGUGGAUCGUAAAGGUGGGAAUGCUCAUAUGAUUGCAUCCUCUUCAGUUAAUAGUCGAACCCUUAACCCUAGCAAUACCAGUACACUAGGCCGCCCAUGUGUGCAUAAGAAACCUUUAUCAGCUGCAAAAGUCUGUAUUGCUGAAGUACUUCCGUCCAAAUUCAAACCCAGGCUGGCCGCUCCACCUUUUCCUGGGCAGGACCAGAAAAGUAACCUCUUGCCUCACGAGAAAACUCAGAGCUGCGAAAACCUCCGCAACUCGUUUGCCUUCUUUGACAGCAGGAAACCCUUCCGGACAGAUGCAGGGGAGAGCUUUGAGAACCUGCUGAUGAAAUCCAGGCGAGAGUGCUCCAUCAAAUCUUGCAGCACUCAGAGCCUGCAAGAAUAUGGCUCAUCUAGCGUCAGGAAAGGGUACGGCCCUGGCUCCUGGAAGAACGGGGCCGAGUUUACCCUGCUGUACAAAAACAUGCACCAGAUCGACCGCUCUGGGAUCCAGCUGGGCACCGUCUCGUCCUGCAGUGUGAGAAACCUUGCUUCCCAAUUUGAGAACGAUCUGAAGGACAAGAGGGAGCCUGCUCCCAACCGGGAGAACCUGGAGCAGAUCCCCAAACACACGGUCUCCUCACGCAUCACCGCCUUUGAGUUGCUCAUCCAGAGAUCCCGAUCCAUGCCCGCGCUCAACUUCUCCUGUGCCCGGAGCAAGUCCCCAGCUCCUAGUCUCUCGAACAGCUGCCUGAGUUCGGCUCGCUCCGCCGAAUAUCUGCUGGAUUUUUCCAAGCCCGGUCUGGAAGACAAGGAUAUCGCCCACCUAGCUGAUGAUACCUCGUCCCAGUCUUUUAGCAAUACAGAGGACGUGGCAUCCGAGUUCAGCGACAUGGUUCCCGUGGACACACUCUCGGCCUGCACUGACCGGACAGACCUCUUAUCGAAUGCAUCCAACGACAGCGGAGGCAGCAUCAACGGCCCUCAGAAGUAUAAAUUAAACAAGUGCAAAGGGGCCUGCCCCGCUUCCUAUACGAGGUUCACAACCAUCCGGAGGCACGAGCAGCAGCAGUACGGGAGAGGAGACACUUCCGGUGGCAUGCGCCUUCUCCCCAGGAACGUCUACCUGAUGAGCCCGCUUCCGUUCCGGUUGAAAAAGCCCUUGCCGCAUCAUGCCAGGAAAACGUUUUUUUUGCAGUGUCCGGGAGACCGGCCAGGAUGCGGCUCUGAGAGCCAGAAUGACCUGGUUCGGUCACGGGGAAGCCUGGCAGACAGGGACAGCCCCCUUUUCCAUGAGCCGUAUGCCCUGGAGAAACCUCUUGCUCCCAUGCGUCUCUCUUCUUAUGACAUUGUCAAAAGCCUGAGCCACUUCCCGGUCUUAGAGAGUGGCCGGAAUAGCUCGGUUUCCUUCAUGGACAUUCCAGAUGCCUUUAAUAAUGGGAAUGUUGUUCCUUACGCUUUAUACCACAGUUUGGACCCAAACAACAACCCGCAAAGGGAACUCAGGACGUACCUCCGAGAUUCAGAAUCGCCCAGGCAUUUUGCACCACUCGAUUACAUGGAGAGUCCGGAAGAAAUUCUCCGCAGGCGCCAUGACGAUAAAGAGAAACUUUUAGAGGACCAGAGACGGCUUAAGCGAGAGCAAGAAGAAGCCGAUAUUGCAGCUAGAAGGCACACAGGGGUCAUUCCUACGCACCAUCAAUUUAUCACUAAUGAGCGGUUUGGGGACCUCCUAAAUGUAGACGAUACUGCAAAAAGAAAAUCUGGGUCAGAGAUGCGAGCUGCCAGAGCAAAGUUUGACUUCAGAGCUCAGACACUAAAGGAACUCCCAUUGCAGAAAGGGGAUAUUGUUUACAUUUAUAAGCAGAUUGAUCAGAACUGGUAUGAAGGAGAACACCAUGGCCGAGUGGGUAUCUUCCCACGAUCCUAUAUAGAGCUGCUUCCCGCCACAGAAAAAUGCCAGCCAAAGAAAACACCACCGUUGCAAGUCCUGGAAUAUGGAGAUGCAGUUGCCAAGUAUAAUUUCAGUGGGGACACUCAAGUGGAAAUGUCUUUCAAAAAGGGCGAGAGAAUCAUUCUGCUUCGGCGAGUGGAUGAGAACUGGUAUGAAGGAAGAAUCCCCGGCACCAACCGACAAGGCAUCUUCCCUGUGACGUAUGUCGAGGUGUUCAAGCGCCCUGUGGUGAGGAAUGCGCUGGAUUAUGCCGACCUGCCGCUCACACACUCUCCGAGCCGCAGCAUGACGGCUUCCCCACAGCAACCGCAAGCCCUGCCUCUCGGAACCAGCCCCGACAGGAGUCACACCCCACAAGACAUGCUGAGCUACCAAGCGCUGUACAGCUACAUCCCACAGAAUGAUGAUGAGCUGGAAUUGAGAGACGGGGAUGUUGUAGAUGUCAUGGAGAAAUGUGACGACGGCUGGUUUGUGGGCACAUCCAGACGAACAAGGCAGUUUGGUACUUUCCCAGGCAACUACGUGAAACUGGUGUCCCUAUAGAAGCCACCGUUGCUCUCCUCAGGGAAG